CUCUUGUCUGCAGGGCCAAUCAGAGGGUGACCUGCCCCACAGGAGAGUCCUGGAGUCCCGGCAGCGCAGCGGCAGUGGCAGUCCCAGCCCCAUGGUUCCUGACAAACCCAACAGGCCUCAGCAACCUGGCUCCUGCAGACCAUCCAAGCUGCCUCUGUCCACUCCUGGGCAGCCUGUACUUGCGUUCUGGAAGCUGUUUGACACACAAAGGCCAGACAUCUGCCUUCCUGCUAACUGGGGGUGCGACGAGGGUAGGAGGGGAUGUGUGGGUGUGUGUGUACCGGUGUGUGUUCUGUGUAUGCACAUAGGUAUACGGGGGCUUUGCACAUGCUUCUGUUUGUGUGCAUGGGUUUGUGGGUCUGUUCGGGGCCUUGUCUCUCUUCCUUCAGACUGCUGGGGAUGGGCACUUUCUCUCUCCCCAUCUCUUCCCCAUCCAGCCCCACCCAUCCCUGGGUACCUGUAACUUCUCAAUACUGGAAACCGGUUCCUGCCAGUCCAUCCCUCAUGCAGCCUUGGCAGCAUUCGCCCCUCCACCCCCUCCCCUUCCUACCUCAGAAAUCGCUCUGGUUCCCGUAAGGCCCAUGACUGAGCAGCAGCCAGUGGGGGGAGGUGGAUCCAGUAAACCCAGACAGCAUACAACAGGCCCACUCAGCUUAGCCUCUGGCAUGGUGUAGACCCCUCCCCAGUAGGAUCCAGAGUUGGGCCCAGCCACCCUCAGUUCCCUAUGAUGUGCCCACCCUGUUGGGGCUUGGGGGUAAGUCCAGGUUUGGGGGCUGUGUCUUUAAAGCUGAGACAUCAGCAGACAACCUCUGCUGGACCAAGUGUUCAGGGGAGGAGGAGGGGAGCUAGUCAGUCCAUUAGCCGCAGAGCUGGCGCCAGGCACCAGCCCUUCACGGGGCCCUGGGGACUAGGGAGAGACCAGCCCUUCCCCAGCCCCCUCUGCCUCUGCCCUCCUGUCCCCAUAUCUCUCUGGGUGUGGUGAAGGAGGGGGUUAGCAGGUGCCCAGCCUCCAGGAGGCAAAUCAGGGCACAAGCUCUGGGGCCUACCUAGGCCAGCUCUCCCUCUCCUGGUCUCCUCCCUGCUCAUGUGCCCCAAACUGCCCUUUCACCCCAGGUCCUCAUGUCCCAGCUCUUUCAGGCAGGGACCGCAGCCCAAGUCAGCCCACCCAAGUUAGGCUCCAGCUUUAGUCGCUUGCUGGAAGGUGUGGCCCCCUUCCCGGCCUCAACAGGGGGCAACCAAGUGGGCAGCGCUCCAGCCAUAGCGACGGAGGGUGCGGCGCUCCCGCUGCUCCGCAGGGGUGGGGCAACCCCCUCCCCACCCAGCCCCGCGCCAGCGGGCGGUCAGGCCAGUGGGAGGAGCUGCCCGUGGCCCCCCUGAGACCGCAGGGCUAUAAAGCCACCUCGCAGCGGUCUGCGGCUCCCUCCCAGCCCUCGGCCUAGCUCCGCGAGCGGUGACUUCCCAUCCUCGGCCGCCAUGAGCCACCACCCGUCGGGCCUCCGGGCCAGCGUCAGCUCCACCUCGUACCGCCGCACCUUCGGGCCACCGCCGUCGCUGUCCCCCGGGGCCUUCUCCUACUCGUCCGGCUCCCGCUUUUCGAGCAGCCGCCUGCUGGGCUCGGCAUCCCCGAGCUCCUCGGUGCGCCUGGGAAGCUUCCGCGGCCCCCGGGCGGGCGCGGGCGCCCUUCUGCGCCUGCCCUCGGAGCGCCUCGACUUCUCCAUGGCCGAGGCCCUCAAUCAGGAGUUCCUGGCCACGCGAAGCAACGAGAAGCAGGAGCUGCAGGAGCUCAACGACCGCUUCGCCAACUUCAUCGAGAAGGUGCGCUUCUUGGAGCAGCAGAACGCGGCCCUGCGCGGGGAGCUGAGCCAGGCCCGGGGCCAGGAGCCGGCGCGUGCCGACCAGCUGUGCCAGCAGGAGCUGCGCGAGCUGCGGCGGGAGCUGGAGCUGCUGGGCCGCGAGCGCGACCGGGUACAGGUGGAGCGCGACGGGCUGGCGGAGGACCUGGCGGCGCUCAAGCAGAGGUUGGAGGAGGAGACGCGCAAGCGGGAGGACGCCGAGCACAACCUCGUGCUCUUUCGCAAGGACGUGGACGACGCCACCUUGUCCCGCCUGGAACUAGAGCGCAAGAUUGAGUCUCUGAUGGAUGAGAUCGAGUUCCUCAAGAAGCUGCAUGAGGAGGAGCUGCGAGACCUGCAGGUGAGUGUGGAGAGCCAGCAGGUGCAGCAGGUGGAGGUGGAAGCAACGGUGAAGCCGGAGCUGACGGCGGCGCUGAGGGACAUCCGCGCGCAGUACGAGAGCAUCGCCGCGAAGAACCUGCAGGAGGCGGAGGAGUGGUACAAGUCCAAGUACGCGGACCUGUCCGACGCUGCCAACCGGAACCACGAGGCCCUGCGACAGGCCAAACAGGAGAUGAAUGAGUCCCGACGCCAGAUCCAGAGUCUGACGUGCGAAGUGGACGGGCUGCGCGGCACAAACGAGGCGCUGCUCAGACAGAUGCGGGAGCUGGAGGAGCAGUUUGCCCUGGAGGCGGGUGGGUACCAGGCGGGCGCCGCGAGGCUCGAGGAGGAACUGCGACAGCUGAAGGAGGAGAUGGCGCGGCACCUGCGCGAGUACCAGGAGCUCCUCAACGUCAAGAUGGCCCUGGACAUCGAGAUUGCCACCUACCGCAAGCUGCUGGAGGGCGAGGAGAGCCGGAUCUCCGUGCCCAUCCAUUCCUUUGCUUCUCUAAGUAUAAAGACCACUGUGCCUGAGGUGGAGCCUCCCCAGGACAUCCAGAGCCGGAAGAUGGUUCUAAUCAAGACCAUUGAGACCCGGGAUGGGGAGGUGGUGACGGAGUCCCAGAAGGAGCAGCGUAGUGAGCUGGACAAGUCUUCUACUCACAGCUACUGAACCCCUUGGUCCAGAGCUCUCUGGCCCUGCCCUAAACCUGUCUAAGCCCAGACCUUACCACUAGUCCUGAAUUAGUCUAUCUUCUGCAUGUGUCUAAGGGGUGGCACUAGUUAUCCCUUUCCUGGCCCAUGGCCAAGUCCCACCCAGCCAGCAGUCGCUUCCCGCCCUGACAUAUAGAUGUGACCCAUAUACUCUCUUCAAGUCCUGGUAAGAGAUCGAUGACCCUCAGGACAAAUCUACUUCGACUGUGAUCCCGUGAUCAGUGGGAUGGGCGAGGGUCUGAGUUUCUCUUUCAAAUCAAAUAAAACUGCUGUCAAAAGAAA